GGCGCAGUCUCUUUCAGUAUUCCAAUUUCGAAACUCAAUAGCGGACGCCAUUGCUUAUCUGUUGUAUUGAGUAUUGACAUUUUUACGUCAAAGUAAUGGCUAAAUCAUUGAAUAUUGACACGGCUCUGUUUAUAAACGAAGUACAAAAGAGACCAGCGAUAUGGGACACGGCUGCCGAUCAUGGCAAGGAUGUGAAGAAACAGGCUUGGGCGGAGAUCAAUGAUGUGUUAGGAGAGGAAAACAUGUCACAGGCCGAUAAACAUCUCCUAGCAUGGAGACUACAACAGCGAUGGAAGAAUCUCAGAACGUGUUUUGCGAGGGAGCUCAAACGCCAAAGGCACUACGGCGCAGGCACUGGGCGAAAGACUGAAUAUGUUUACUACAAAAAUUUACAAUUCCUCACAAACGUAAUGAACAUUGCCGAGCAGCCAAGCGAGCCAGAAUUGGACACAGAAUACGUUUAUUUGAUGGAUAAUGACAGCGUUACACAGGAUGAUAGUUUGCCACCGGACAAUGACACACGUAAAGGCAGACACAAACGCAAGGCAUAUGAAUACGAAGAACCCUUCAGUGAUGAAGACGAGGAUGAGGACCAUCUGUUUUUAUUAUCCUUACACAAAACAUUGAAGAGAAUUCCGAGAAACAAAAAGAUGGCUGUGAAAAUAAAAAUGCUGUCUAUCUUAAAUGAAACACUAUCAUAAUAUUGUAAUAAUAAAAAAUAUGUUCAAUGC